UCCCGUCUCCGGAGUCACGUGUCUGAUCAGCUGUUCUGCGGCACAUCCGCCUGACUCGCGCUGGAGUGUUUACAUGCAGACGGCACGGGGCAGAGUGGGCAGACCCGCGUGAAGCAUUGCAGAUUAAUGGUUAGUGCUGGACUGUGGUCUCCACUGUGAUCAGGCCUAUGAGGAGAACCAGGCGAGUCUAACAUUUUGCAGGACAUGCAGCACCCAAACUUCGAAACACAACACCCGCUGCAGCAGGAUGAGCAGGAGACGGGUUACGACCCUCUACAGAACUACUACAACAGGAACAGAGACCGAGGAUCAUUGGAUAGUGCUGUUGAGUCCACGUUUCAAUCAUACAGGAAGGAGUGGGAUGAUUUGUUCCAGAACAGUAACUAUCUGGCGCGGACCAGGCAGGCUGGUAUUAACGGACGAUUACGGAGCAGCCGAUUCCGCAGCGUAUGCUGGAAGCUUUAUCUGGACGUCCUGUCAGAAGAUAAGACUCAAUGGAUCAGUCGAACUAAGGAGCACAGAGCACAGUAUGAGAAGAUCAAAGAGACGCAUAUUACAAACCCUCGCAAAGCUGCUGGCCAGCAUGACCUGGUGGUGAACAACCCACUGUCACAGGAUGAGGGGAGUCUAUGGAAUAAGUUCUUUCAGGAUAAGGAGCUCAGGGGCAUGAUCAAACAAGAUGUUUUACGAACGUUUCCAGAGAUGCUGUACUUCCAGGAAGAGGAUGUCAGGACAAAGCUGACUGAUAUUCUCUUCUGCUAUGCACGAGAGAACGAACGGCUACUCUAUAAGCAGGGCAUGCAUGAGUUACUGGCUCCUAUAGUGUUUGUUCUCCACUGUGAUCACCAGGCGUUUCAACAUGCCAGUGAGACGGCCAAUCCCAGUGAAGAGAUGAAAGUCCUUCUGGAUCCUAAAUUCCAUGAGCAUGACGCUUAUGCCAUGUUUUCACUGCUCAUGGAGACAGCAGAACCCUGGUUCAGCAGUUUUGAACGGGAGGUCAGAAAGGGCAAAGAAGAGAUGUUAACCAGCAUCCCCUUUGCGAGACCACAGGACUCGGGCCCUUCUGUGGCCAUUGUGACCAAAGUCAACCGAAUUCAGGACCAGCUAGUAAAGAAGCAUGACAUUGAGCUGUACAUGCACCUCAACAGGCUAGAAAUAGCUCCCCAGAUUUAUGGCAUUCGCUGGGUUCGACUGCUGUUUGGUCGGGAGUUUCCCCUGCAGGAUCUGUUGGUGGUCUGGGAUGCUCUUUUCACAGACAGCAUCACUUUGGACCUGGUGGAUUACGUGUUUGUCGCUAUGCUUCUGUACAUCAGAGAUGCAUUGAUCGCUAGUAACUUCCAGACGUGUCUCGGGCUCCUGAUGCACUAUCCUCCUAUCGGAGACAUCCACUCUCUGCUGCUGAAAGCACUCUUUCUCAGAGACCCUAAGAAUAAUCCAAGACCGGUAAACUACCAGUUCCAGCAAAACCUUGAUUACUACAAAACCCGUGGGGCCGACUUGGUCAACAAGACUCGGGCCAGCACUAAAGCAGCACCUCUCAACAUUAAUAAAGUAUCCAGUUCUCUUCUUAAUUUCGGCCGGAAGCUCAUCGCACCAAUGGGAGGCGGCUCCAGCGGCAUCUCGCCAAUUAACAAUGAGGUGAUUUCAGCUCCUCCCCCUCAAGCUCCUGUGCCACGCCCAUUGGCCGAGCCUCCAUCAUGCACCGCCCCCUCAAACACGCAGAUGAAAUCGCAGCCGUUCCCGCAAACGCACCAUCAGCACCGGUUGCUGAAGUCUGAAAGUCUGCCGGUGCACCUCAGCAAAGAUGUAGGUUCUGGUGGAGCCUCCCAGAUAUCUCUCCCUGCCCAGAUUCACUCUGAUACCCCAGGUAACUGCUACCAUGACAACAUCAUCAGCACCAGAGCGUGCAUGUGUGCUGUAUAAAUGCAU